AUGCUGUGCAACUUCAUAUCGCUGAACAAUUGGAAAAUAUUUUCGAUUAUAAUGAAUGCGCGUUUUCAUAUAAGGGAUGAUCCAUUUGAAUUAUUAGAACGACAGUUCAUAAAUCUUUUUCGAUUGAAAAAAGAAACAGCAAACAGACUUAUUAAUAUUGUGGAAGACAAUUUUGUAGAACCAUCACGAUCUUCAGCUUUGGACGCAACUGUACAAGGUUUAGUUGCAUUACACUUUUAUGGGUUAGGCAGCUAUCAGAAUUGCAUAGGAAAAAAUAUUCACAUGGCUAUUAGUCAACCUUCGGUCAGCAGAUGUGUUCGAAAUGUGACUAACAUUCUUAAUUUACCAGAAAUAUUCAACGAUUGGGUGUGUUUUCCUAACAUCCUUCAGAAGCUGCAACAACUACGUAACAAAUAUGUGAUUCUGAUCUUAGGAUAAUGAAUAUUAAUGCCAGAUAUCCUGGAAGUACUCACGAUUCGUAUAUCUGGAAUAAUAGUAAUGUUCUUUCUAUUAUGCAAGAUAUUUACAAUCGUGGACACAGCUUUUUUUAUUAGGUAAUAUAUAAUCGUCAAAGUGAUUAUUCAAUAUUGUUUUUAGUUACAAUAUAUAACAUUAUAUUGCUUUACAGGUGAU